UACAAACGCAUCCUCGCGCUGAACAGAAACGAGUAAAAAUAGGCAGGAGACUUUCAUCGGUGAAACGGGUAACAGUACGACAUGUUUUCUAAAGUAUCUUUAUCUACGAUUAUUAACUAAUAACGUUUACUACGAAAUAAUAGGUAAAAAUGCAUCGUUGUCAAGCGAUCGCUAAAAUAUCUUUAAAUGCUGGUGUUUUCGACCACUGUCAUUUAAAUAUGAACGCUCUCAAAACGACUCGCUGCCUGUCUUCGUCAGUGAUGCUACUGAAACGAUUUGGAAAAUCGUUUCAAGUGACCGGAGUAAAGCGUCUGAGCACAGCCGAAGCAACAGCAACACUUUCCAAAGAAAAUGGCAAAACCCGAGACAAAGUGCUGACCAUGGAGACCCUGAACCCCCAUGUCAAGGCGGUGGAGUAUGCAGUGAGGGGACCCAUUGUCAUCAAAGCGGGAGAAAUCGAAAGAGAAUUGCUGCAGGGAAUGAAGAAGCCUUUUUCAGAGGUCAUCAAGGCCAACAUUGGAGAUGCUCAUGCUAUGGGGCAACAGCCAAUCACCUUUCUCCGCCAGGUAGUGGCUCUUUGCACAUGCCCAGAGCUGCUGGACAGUCCUGUUUUCCCAGAAGACUCUAAAGCAAGAGCCCGUCGGAUUCUGCAGGGCUGUGGAGGGAAUAGCUUGGGCUCAUACAGUGCUAGUCAGGGCCUGGACUGUAUCCGAGAGGAUGUUGCCAUUUACAUGGAGCAGAGAGACGGGGGCGUCCCGGCUGAUCCAAAUAACGUCUACCUCACCUCGGGAGCUAGUGAUGGCAUUUCUACUAUUCUGAAGCUGCUGGUGUCAGGAGAAGGGUUGACUCGCACAGGCGUGCUGAUUCCUAUCCCCCAAUACCCCCUCUACUCUGCAGCCAUAUCCGAACUGGACAUGGUCCAGGUUAACUAUUACCUGGAUGAGGACAACUGCUGGGCUAUGGAUGUCAAUGAGCUGCACAGAGCCUUGAGCACAGCCAGGAAAUACUGCAAUCCCAGAGUGCUGUGCAUCAUAAACCCAGGCAAUCCAACUGGUCAGGUUCAAAGCAGGAAGUGCAUUGAAGAGGUCAUUCACUUUGCUUACAAGGAGAACCUUUUUCUUCUGUCUGACGAGGUUUAUCAAGACAACGUCUAUUCUCCAGACUGUAAGUUUCAUUCCUUCAAGAAGGUCCUGUGUGAGAUGGGGCCGGAGUACUUCAACAAUGUGGAGUUGGCCUCCUUCCACUCAACUUCCAAAGGAUACAUGGGAGAGUGUGGCUACAGAGGUGGUUACAUGGAGGUGAUCAACCUGGAGCCAGAGGUGAGAGCUCAGAUGAUGAAGCUGUUGUCGGUCCGUCUCUGCCCUCCAGUGUCGGGACAGGUGGCCAUGGAUGUCGUGGUUAACCCCCCGCGGUCUGGAGAGCAGUCGUAUGAGCAAUUCACCAAGGAAAAAAAAUCAGUAUUGAGUAACCUGGCUGAGAGGGCUAAGCUCACAGAGGAGAUCCUGAACACAGUCCCUGGGAUCCGUUGUAACCCUGUGCAGGGAGCAAUGUACGCCUUCCCCAGGAUCUUCAUUCCUCCCAAAGCAAUCGAAGAAGCCCAGGUACUGGGUAUGACCCCAGACAUGCUGUACUGUCUAAGACUGCUUGAGGAGACUGGGAUAUGUGUUGUGCCAGGCAGUGGAUUUGGGCAAAAGGAAGGAACCUACCACUUCAGAAUGACCAUUCUUCCACCUUCUGAGAAGCUGAAAUUGCUCCUAGAGAAAGUUAAAGACUUCCACAUUAAGUUUCUACAAAGAUAUGCUGCACUGGAUGCCGUGUCAAGAUAAAUGUUAAGAAGCGAAGAUGCUUGGUUUACUGUAGAAUAUUUGGCUUGAAAAUGGGGAUGGGGGGAUGGGAAAAUUAGUCAGUAACAUUGUUUGCCCUUACUUCUGAGAAAUUUGCUGAAGUCCUAGCUCAUAGAAAUGUGUAAUAUCUACUUAGAAAUUUAAAAAAUCCAAACGAUUGUUUCACUAUUAACUGUUUCAUAGUAUUAUGUAAGGAUAUUUUUCAUUAAUAUAGCAGGACUUAUGGAACUGUUGCUAAUAAUUCAUAUUUGUAUAUGUUUUUAAGAGGUCCUUUAAAAUGAGUUUGCCUAUCCAUAGCUGUUCUUGCAAAAACCCAAUACCCAAGUGCCCUCUUAAAGCUUCAAUCACAGCUGGGCUAUCUGCCUUUUCAGUUUUUUCUAUUUUUGAGGUGUUUCAUACUUUUGUAUUUUUGUAAUGUAUGUUUUAUACAGUGCCUAGCAGAUCAUCAGUGUGCAUAAGUUUGCUAAUGCAUUUAUGGUCUGGAUUGCAGUCAAGUGCAAACGACAUCUGCAUGGUUAAUGUAUUUCGUACUGCAAAAUUAAUUAAUUCAGUUGGGCAACAGCAUCAAGAAACAUGGCAGUGUCGUGGAAGCUCACACAUUUUAAUGUCUUCUUUUCAUCCUAUAAACAACCAAAUAUGAAGCUGUUGUAAGUAUAAUGCCAGUCAGAUCAGACAUGGCUAAGAACAGUUAAUUGCAUACAAUUGUAGUGGAGAAAUAGGACAUCAUUACAGUGUUCAUUAUAAAAGGUCUCAUAUCUGCUAAUCAUUGUAUUAAACACUACAACUGUGACAAAUGUAGAUGAAAGUGGAUGGAUUUAAAAUCUGGUCCAAAGAAAGUUGCUUAAUGAGAUUUUCCAAAAAAGUAACCUGCAUGGCACUAGAGUUUAGAAAGUGCUGCUAGUGACUAUUUACAACACCGCUUUACUGAAACAUAUCAAUUAUUUCAUAAAAAGGUGCUUGGAGUUAGGAAAAGUUGAAAUGCCAUGGGGAAAAUAGCUUGUCUUUAAAUAGGCAAGCUCAUCAUUAUAUUUGGUCUCAAAUAGGGGUUUUAAUGUUGACGUUAUCUGUUGAUGGAAUAAUCAUCCGCUCUGCGAUUGAUUUUAUUGAUCAGUUAUUUUUUAAUCAUUCACAGGUUACAAGUGUGAUUAAUCAAUUAAAACCCCUAGUCUCAAACAAUUUUUAUUGGUUUACAUGGUAACUCUGAUCCCUGUUCAUAAAUCCUAAACUAGAGUUAUUACUCAAGGCAUUCUGUUUAGAUAUAUUUUUAUAUGUAUUAUAUAUAUUUCAAUUGAGAACUUUUAACUCAGCUGGGGAUGUUAUAAACCUAAAAGGCAUUAAAACCAUCUUGUAGGUUUCACGCAGUUUUCAAAGUAGACUUUCUUUUAUUGAAUUUGAUAUUCUACACGGCUCCAAAUAACCAAAGGGUAUGCUGAGAUAUUAAGCAUGUGUAUACAGGCACUAACUGACCUACUUAUGAGAGGUUUUAAAGAACGUAAUGUACACAUAUACUUUGUUUGGAGCCGUGUACACUGUCAGCUGAUUAAAACUCAUUUAUUAUGUACUGUGGGCUAUAACUAUAAGUUUACAUGUAACACUAAACUGCACGUCUUGCAUGUUAUGGAAUUAAAGGGAGAUAGCCUUUAAACUAGGAUGAACUAACCUGUAAAACAUGUCUGUGUUUACACUAAAUAAGUAAAAUAACAAUGACAGAUUGCAAAAUUCUACCUAGCAGAUGUUUACUAGUUCUUACAGCUGGAAAGAGGUUUUGAAUAAAACUAUUAAGAAAAAAUAAGAUCAAACUAAAAACAUAUGAGGAACCAAUGUGUAAAAAAAAAAAGACUUGCUUGCUUUUUAAGUUUUGUGUAAUACAGCUUUUUCUUUU